CAACAACGCGCAGUAAUUUAGCUCCUGAAUAGUUCAUAGAUAUAAAGAGAGAGAGAGAGAGAGAGAGAGAGGGAGACUUAAUAAUGUCACACCAAGAAUCAUCAGGAGACAGUGCAUCCAAUGGUGGAGCAUUGUAUUUUGAAAAACAACGAGAUUUAUUAAUUCAAGAAAUAGCCACCAAUAUUGAUAAUGUCAUAUUUAAUCUUGAUAUAUUAAAUCGAUCGUUAAAUGAAUCAAUUCAGGUAGGUAAAGAAUUUGAUGAUGUUGGAAGAUUGUGGGCGAACUUUUAUGAUGGAGUGAAUCAGUUGAAAGAAAAAAGGGGUGAAAAGGGAGACGAUGAAGAAGAGACUGAGGGUCAAGGUGAAGAUCAAGUUCAAAGUGCAAGUGGAGAACAAGAAGAACAAGAAGAACAAGGUGAAGAUGAAGGCCAUGGACAAAGUAUAGAACAAGAUGUCCGAAGCAUUCAUAGUGAAGGAGAAGAAGAAAUUGACGAAUAAGAUAUCAAUAAAAUUAAAAUUAACUCAACAUAACUAUUCUUUAAUUCAAUACAUGUAUAAUAUACGAAAUCUUUAUUUGAGUAACAUGUAGAGUAAUAGAGCUAGUACUUUUCAGACAUUUAAAGAUUUAUAUUUUAGUUUUGGAAAACAAGGAAAUAAAGAACAUUAUAAAAAGAUUAUUGCAAGAACAGUAAACAGUUUAAUAACAUUUAAUUUAAUAGUAAUACUUUAAUAAAAGAAU